ACUUCAUUUUUCCAUAUUGAAGUCAAGCGGGCUGGCAAGGCUGGCUUCGGUUUGACACAGCACACUGGAAUUCGUCGUGUCUCACCUGCACCUGACGGAUUCCACAGACACCCGGACACCAACCAAAGGAAAGCUAAAAAGCGUAAAAGAGCAAACAGGGUCAGAAACAAGUCCGACCCGGCCGUGACUGUCUGUCACUGA